UCAUGUGGAUAGAUGCAAUGCGCACUUCCAUUUGUUAGGUUAAAUACGAUUAAAAACAUGUCAAAUUAUUUGAAUUUGACUUUUGUAAAUAAUCUUAAGCCUUUAGAAAAAAUUAACCACUACGAAUUUAGGAACAAACCAUUUUCGAAUAGCGAUGUUUUUCUUGUUACAAUUGAAAAUUUUAAAUUGUUAACACAAGGACAGGAUGUUAAAAGAGUUUAUAACUUAAAACUUAGUACUAUGACAAUCUCAUAUAAUUUCUUACCAGGCGAUACAAUUGGUAUUCUACCUCGUAACGAUGAUCGAGAGGUUGACGAAAUACUGAUUAGAUUAAAUAUAGAGUCUGACAAGGAAAAGCUAUACGAGUUAGGUAUUUUAGAAAAUACUACAAAAAAGAGUGCAACACUACCAAAACAUAUCCCUAGACAGGGUGUUUUAAAAGAUAUUUUCACGUACUACAUUGACAUACGUAAACCUCCUAAGAAGUUAUUUUUAAAAGCACUCAUUCCAUUUACCAGAGAUCCCGAAGAAAUCAGUUUACUGGAAAAACUCUGCUCUCCGAAGGGCUCUAACGAAUAUGCAGAUCUUAUCACUGGAAAAGCACACACUUUGUUGGGGUUACUGAAUACAUUCCCAUCUUGUAAUCCUCCGAUAGGAAUAAUUUUAGAACAUUCAUUGCCAUUACAACCAAGAUAUUAUUCCAUAUCAUCAUCUCCUUUAGAAAACAAUGCUUUACAAAUUACAUUUUUUAUUGUCGAUAAUGAUGACGGAACGAAAGGUGUUUGUAGCGGAUGGCUCGAAGAAAUAAUUAGAUAUAGUGACAAGCAAAUUGAAAAAAUACCAAUCUAUUUCCGAAAACCAAAUAAUUUCAGAAUCCCAACUGACACAACCACCCCGUUAAUAAUGAUAUCAACAGGAACGGGAAUAGCGCCCUUUAUAGGGUUUUUAAAUCAUCGACAAAAAAUGAAAAUAAACGAUAAUGGUGUCAUGGGUAACACUUAUCUAUUUUAUGGCUGUAGAUACCCUGACAGAGAUUUUUUGUACCAUAAUGAGCUGGAAGAGUAUUUAAAGACACAUGUGUUAACAAAAUUAUAUACAGCCUUUUCAAGGUCUACAGAGAAAAAAUGGUAUGUACAAGACGAAAUGAAUAAAAAUGGAGAGGAACUGGUAAAUAACAUAUUACGUAAUGGUGCUAUUGUAUACGUCUGUGGUGAUGCAAAAACAACGGUGAAAGGAGUAAAAGAUGCACUGAUAAAUAAUCUUGUAGUGCACGGUCAUUUGGAAGAAUCUGCUGCGAAAGAUUACCUAAAUGAAUUAGUUAAAGAAAACCGAUUCAUAACUGACUGUUGGUCAUAAUAAAAAUAUAAAAUGACUACACUUUAUAUUUAAAUAUAGAAUUUUACUAUAAAACCCGUUUUAUUUAUUUUGUUGAAAAAUUCAAGACUGUGAAAUCAAUAAUAUUAAUUUGAAACCAAUAUCUUAUUCAAAUAAUGUAGAAUAUAGACAAAACUUUGGGCAAUACUAGAAAAGCGAAUACUUAUAAACUAAUUUUUCAUAAAUUUUGUUAGAAAUGUGACUUACCUUAUCAAUAAAUUAAUCUAAAAUCCACACAAGAACUUGAUAAUCAACUUUAAUUUCUGCACUACUUUUAAAAUAUUUUAUGUCAAAAUGUUUUCUGGAUUCUGAUUGCCAACAAAUUAAAACUAAAAUAACAUCCAUAUUCUCAUGCAAUAGUACCAACAGAGAGUUUAAAAUUUGAAAAUAAGUUUUUAUGUCAUGAAUCAAUUAUUGUUUUGUAUUAUCAUCGAAUAUCUU